CCGCUGCACCUGGCCACACUGACCAGCGUUUAAGCAAAUUCUCAGACCAAAACAUUCCCAGUUCAGUUUCCAAUUGGACGCCAGGAUCAAAGGAGCGCAGCCGCGGGCACAGGAGCACGCGAAGCACACGGAGCCAAGGACUCGAGGACCCGAGGAGCACAAGAAGCCAAGAAGAGCCCAGCUGCUGGCCAGGAUGAACGGACUGCCGCCGAGCAAGCAUUACAACCUGACGCACUACCAGCAACGCUACAACUGGGACUGCGGUCUGUCCUGCAUCAUUAUGAUCCUGUCGGCGCAGCAAAGGGAGCAGCUCCUUGGGAACUUUGAGGCCGUGUGCGGCGAGGAGGGAUUCGGCUCGAGCACCUGGACCAUCGACCUGUGCUAUCUGCUGAUGCGCUACCAGGUGCGCCACGAGUACUUCACCCAAACGCUGGGGAUCGAUCCCAACUACGCGCAGCACACGUACUACUCCAAGAUCAUCGACAAGGACGAACGGCGCGUGACGCGCAAGUUCAAGGACGCCCGGGCACACGGACUGCGCGUGGAGCAGCGCACCGUGGACAUGGAGGUCAUUCUGCGGCACUUGGCCCGCCACGGUCCCGUCAUCCUGCUGACCAACGCCUCGCUGCUCACGUGCGAGGUGUGCAAGCGCAAUGUCCUGGAGAAGUUCGGGUAUGCCGGACACUAUGUGGUGCUCUGCGGAUACGACAUGGCCGCCCAGAAGCUCUUCUACCACAAUCCCGAGGUCCACGAUGGCCACAUUUGUCGCUGCCUCAUCGAGUCCAUGGACACGGCCCGGCGCGCCUAUGGCACCGACGAGGACAUCAUUUUCAUAUACGAGAAGAAGGAAACUAGGGAGUAGUAGAUGGAUUAGCCAGCGGAACAGAGGAACAGAUGAAUAGAUGAACAAAUGAACAGAUAAACAAAUGAACAGAUGAACAGAAGUACCUGCCGUCGCCAGGUUGCCAGGUGAUGAGAACGGAUGAUUGGAAUCUGCGCUUGUGAUAUUAGGACUUUAGGAGGAGACCUUCUGGGGGGGGACUUCGAGUGGGAGGUAAGAGAAAUAGCUGUCUGGUUAACUUUGGCACAACAGUGUACUUUAUUUAGGUAUUGUUAGCAGUUGGUCCCCAUACAAAAAACAAUUACACACAUAUUUAUGUAAACUUGCCAGGCAGCGUCUACUCGUACAUUUUAGAGGCGUUCCAUUGACGCGCCAAAAACCGUCGGAGGAAAGUCCGAAAAUCCAAUGUUAUUCAUAGUUAUGUUUAACACAGAACAAUAAUAAUUGUUCCUAGCUAACUUUCCGUUAAACGCCCCCCAACUAAUUUUCAUAUUUGUAGUACGAAAACAUUCCAAUAACGAUUAUGCGUGUAUGUAUAUGUAGAAAAUAA